GGCGGUCAGCUGACCGGGAGCGGCGCAGGAGCGGGGCCAUGACCACGGCGCUGACCCAGGGGCUGGAGCGGAUCCCGGACCAGUUGGGCUACCUGGUCAUCAGCGACGGGGCCGUGCUGGCGUCGGCCGGCGACCUGGAGAACGACGAGCACACGGCCGCGGUGCUCUCGGAGCUGGUGGCCACGGCCUGCGGGCUGCGGCUGCAGCGCGGCCACGACCCCCCCUUCAAGCGCCUCUCGGUGGUCUUCGGCGAACACUCCCUCCUCGUCACCGUGUCCGGGCAGAAGCUCUUCGUGGUGAAGCGCCAGAACCACGUCCAGGAGCCCGUCACCGUGUGACCGCGGGGGACGCCGGCCCCGGGGGGGACAGGGACGGUCCCCCCCCACCCCGUUCCCCCCACCCCGUCCCCCACAUCUCCGCUGUCCCCAAGACCCUGCGGUGACCCACCCCGACCCCCAGCCACGUCCCUGCUGUCCUCGGCCCCCCCCCCGGGGUGUCCCCCGAGCCCCGUGGUGACGCCCACUCGUGUCUCCGGCCCACUCGCUUCCCGGGUGACCCCCCCCAGCUCCCCCCAGCAGAACAGUCCCGUCCCCCCCCCCCCCAACGCCCCACGCGUCCCCGGGCCCGGCGGUGCCACGUUGUCCCGCCGUUGAGGCAGUAAAUUGCGUCCUGGUCACCUCCCCGCCCCGUGGCAGCGUGGGUUUUUUGGGGUGUGUGUGGGGGUCCUUUUGGGGGGUGGGGGGUGCACAUGGCUCCCCUCAGAGCAGGGGACACGGUGAUGUGGGUCCACGGGACAUGGGUCCGCAGGACACAGUGAUGUGGGUCCACGGGACACGGGUCCACGGGACACGGUGAUGUGGGUCCACAGGACGUGGGUCCACGGGACACAGUGAUGUGGGUCCACGGGACGUGGGUCCACUGGACACAGUGAUGUGGGUCCACAGGACAUGGGUCCACGGGACAUGGGUCCGCAGGACACAGUGAUGUGGGUCCACAGGACACGGGUCCACGGGACACGGUGAUGUGGGUCCACGGGACAUGGGUCCACAGGACGUGGGUCCACGGGACACAGUGAUGUGGGUCCAUGGGACAUGGGUCCACGGGACAUGGGUCCGCAGGACACAGUGAUGUGGGUCCACGGGACACGGUGACGUGGGUCCACGGGACAUGGGUCCACAGGACGUGGGUCCACGGGACACAGUGAUGUGGGUCCACAGGACACGGGUCCACUGGACACAGUGAUGUGGGUCCACGGGACAUGGGUCCACAGGACGUGGGUCCACGGGACACAGUGAUGUGGGUCCACAGGACACGGGUCCACGGGACACGGUGACGUGGGUCCACGGGACACAGUGAUGUGGGUCCACAGUGACACGGGACAGGGUGACACCAGGCAUCACGAAGGGGGUCCUGCUUCCCCACCCCCCACCCCCCCUUGCCCCUCGCUGGGGCCCCAGCCGAAGCCGCCAGCGUUGUGUCCCCCCCCCAACCCCCCGUGUCCCCCCCCCCGGGUGCCACAGACCCGUCCCCACGGCCACGGCCGGGGCCGCCGGCGCUUUUAUUCGCGCGCGCACACGCGUGUACACGCGGCAGCCAGCGCGGAGACGAAUAAAUAACACGGAAAUAAA